AUGCCUUCGUCUAAGCCCCCGACAGAACACAAGCCCCAGGACAUCCACGCGCAGCAAAGCGUGGCAGUUCCCACUGGCUGGACUGACCAAAUUGUCCCCCUGAAUACGGUCAAAGAGAUGCUCGCCGACUCGACCGGAUUGAAGAUCGACACCGUCGAGCUCGCCGAGCUCAAGGCGAGCCGCUACUUGUUCCAGUCCGGGAACAGCCUCUACUUUUGGAACGACAUCAUUGAGCAAGGGGUGCGAGUAACCAGCCCACAGGGGCGCGAUGCGGUCUUCAAGGCGAUGGCGAGUGGUUGGACGGGGAUGAAGUACGAGGAGCUACCCAAUCAUUUUUUCACGCUGGGAGUGCGGUUGAUCUCUCUGCUUAUCGUCACAUCGUCCUCUAAGCUGAUGGCUGUCGACAAGCUUCUUGCCGAUAUCCUCCCCAAAGAGGAACGCGUUCUUAUUUCCAGCCAAUGGGUUGACAUGCUGGAGCUGCUUUCGGAUUUUUUGACGCUACGUCACAUUCGGUUCACCAAACUGGACAGGUCCACUUUGCGUCCGCGCCGCACCCUAGAUAUCAGGCUGUUCCAGAAAGAAAAAUCACCCUACGAUGUAUUCCUCAUCUCCACAAAGGCCGGAGGUUUGGGCAUCAACUUGACAAAGGCGACAACGGUCAUCAUGUUCGACUCCGACGGGAAUCCCCAGAACGAUCUUCAGGCCAUUGCGCGUGCGCACCGGAUCGGUCAAACAAAAGUCGUUAAAAUGUACAGGCUCAUCUGCCGCGGGAGCGUCGAAGACCAGAUGCUUGACCGGAUCCGCCGCAAGCUGUUCCUUUCCUUGAAGGUCAUGGGCUCUAAUAAUUCGUCAUCAGACAAGAAUGCCACUGUUCUGAAGACUGGCGAGUUGCUGGAUAUUCCUCGGAAAGGUAGCAGUGCGCUAUCAAAUGACGGUAGCGAGAUGGACCUCCUGCGUUUCAUCCAAGCUUCCAUCCAGGAAAUAUUGGAUGCUUCUCGCGAAUGCGAUGUCACGCGGACCGCGAAGCUGAAGCACCUGGAGGGCUUGUCUGAGGAAGAAGAUGAACAGCUCCUGGAGGAUGCAGAGGAGGAAGAGUGGAGGCUCUUGACCGGUGUGGCCCAAGUGCAGAGUCAUUUCUUCGAGGGAAAGAUCAUUCAGCAGCCUAAGCGGAGCACUAACGAAAAAAUUGCAGCUGAAUAG